AUGUUCAUCGACAUCGUCGCUGACUCGCUUGCUGCAGACCUCGUCCGUACCGUUUCCCGUUUCAUGCGGCAUCACAAAGAGUAUGACGAAGCCGUCCGGCGAGUGCUGACGAACCCCUUUGAUCCGGACGAAUCUAUUCUGCCGAAUCCGCGCUCUCCGCUCCUCCCGGAACACCUGUCGCUGCGCCACGACGCGCAACAACCGCCUUUGAUCGUGUCCAGACUCGGAGUCGACUCUGCUGUUGUCACCGCGCCUAAUACUCCCACCGCCGCAAGCCCCGCCGUUGCUCCGGCCGAGGGGAACGGUACAAGCGCGGCCGCUGCGGCGGCGGCGUGUUUUGCGGGGAUAAGCACGAAAUCUGAUUCGGCGGAACCCGUAGUGGUUGCGGAACCUGCAGAGCUUGCAGAACCCGCAGUGGUUGCGGAACCUGCAGAGCUUGCGGGUGCGGAACCCGCAGUGCUCGCGGAGCCUGCGCCGCGGAAGAACGCGCCGGGGAUGCAGUUCCAGGUGGUGCCGCAUGGCGCGCGCCCCCUGGCGACGGCGGAGGCGCUGUGCGCAAUGACGCGCGCGGAGCUGGUGGCGGAACUGCGGAGCCUGCAGGCGGACCACGAGAAGUACCGGCAGGAAGUGGCGUUCCAAAAGGAUCUGCUGGCGUCGGUGGGGCAGUCCGUCAUCUGCACGGACCUCGCAGGCACCAUCACCUACUGGAACAAGGCAGCGGAGGCGAUGUACGGGUGGCGGGAGGAGGAGGCGGUGGGGCGGAGCAUAAUCGAGGUCACCCCCGCCGACACCACGGUGCAGCAGGCGGGGGAGAUCUUCGCCGCGCUCACCCGCGGGGACGUGUGGCGCGGCGAGUUCCUCGUGCGGCGCCGCGAUGGCUCGCCCUUCCACGCCAUGGUCACCGACACUCCCAUCCUCGACUCCGAAGGGAAACUCGUCGGCGUGAUCGGCGUCUCAGCCGACAUAAGUGACCUGAAGCGCAAAGAAGGGGAGAUUCGCGCGCUGAAUGCGGCCUUGGAGCAGCGUGUGGAGGAGAGAACGGAGCAGCUGAUGCGGUCCAAUGAGGCGCUGAAAUCGGAGAUUGAGCAGCACCUAAGAGCGCAGGACCACCUGCGGCGCUGCAUCCGGGACCUGGAGUUGUCGCGGGAUAAGAUCUCGCAGCAGUCGACCGCGCUGGAGCGGCUGGUGGGCCAGCUGAGAGAGGCACGCGUGGAGGCCGAGUCGGCGAAUCGGCUCAAGAGCCGGUUCCUGGCGUCCAUGAGCCAUGAGAUCCGCACUCCCAUGAAUGGGGUUCUUGGUGAGUGGGAGGGUGCUCUGCAUGACACGCCUGCUGUUAUCAACGCCGCUACAGGAGGAGCAGAGGCAGUUGGUGGACACCAUCCGGAGCAGCGGGGAUGCACUGCUCACCAUCCUCAACGUGCCCUGCCUGUUGCCCCUGUCUGCUCUGUGCCACCCGUGCUCUCUUCUGAACCAGGCAUGACACGGCUGCUGCUAUCGACACCACUACAGGAGGAGCAGAGGCAGUUUGUGGACACCAUCCGGAGCAGCGGGGAUGCACUGCUCACCAUCCUCAACGACAUCCUCGACCUCUCCAAGAUCGAGGCGGGGGAGCUGGAGCUCGAGCACCGCGACUUUGACCUCUGCCGCUGCCUCGAGGACGCCGUCUCCCUGCUUGCUAUCCGAGCCAUGGAAAAAGGUGUGGCUGUGGUGAGCUUUGUGGAGCCCAAUGUGCCCCGGGUGGUCAGAAGCGACUCCGCGAGACUCAGACAGAUUCUUGUGAACCUGAUAUCGAACGCCAUUAAGUUCACAGAGAGGGGCGAGGUGGAGGUCACUGUCUCUGCCACCCGGCUGCCUGGGAGCUCCGAGCAGCACAUGCCAGAGCUGCUGAAAGAGACUGCGAAGCAACAAACAGAUGGAGGCAGGGGAGACAUGCGCAUGGAAGGCAGCAGGGGAGGCAUGCAGGAGGAAGAACAAGAAGAGGAUGAGGCAAAGGAGGAGGGACUUGGUGGUACGAGCAAGGGCGGAGAUAUGCGUCCUGGGGAUGGGAGUGGGGAUUCUGCACACAGUGGUUUUGCAGUGUGGGGCAAGGCGCUGAGUAGCAGGAGGAGGUGGAGAGGGGAGGAGACGCAGGGCAUGGAGAGGCAUGGCGUGCACUGCAUUGCAGUGAGUGUGCGGGACACUGGAAUCGGCAUUCCCAAGGAGCGAAUGAAGCGCCUGUUCAAGCCGUUCAGCCAGGUGGAUGCGAGCAUGACGCGCAAGUACGGAGGCACAGGACUGGGCCUGGCGAUAUCACACCAGCUGGUGGGCAUGCUGGGAGGGCGCAUCUGGGCAGAGAGCGACGGGCAGGGGCGCGGGUCCACCUUCAGAGUGGGUGAGGCGAGCAGUGGGGAGGAGGCGGAUCGGGUGAUAGAGGAAGGUGUGCGGGUGCUGGGGGAAGGGUGUGGUGUCAUGAGUGGGGAGGAAGGGAGACGCGGUGGCAGUGGCACUGCAGCAGCACUGGGACCAGCAGCAGCACUCGCAGAGGAAGUAGCAUCAGCAGCAGCAGCAGCGACCACCGAAAUCACCAGAGCAUCACCGGAACAGCUCACGGUUAAUCCUGCACCAGCAGCAGCGUGUGAAGAAAUGCUCCUCCCAGCAGACCCGGAUGUCCUCCACAGCGCCACCAGCCCUGCCAAGGUCAUUCUCCUCGUACCCUAUGGCAGCAGGCAGGACUUCCGUCCAAUCCCAGACUGCCACGUGGCUGUUGUCACCUACCCCAUCCGCCAAACCGCCAUCAACCGCCUUGUCUGUGAGCUUCUCUCCCCGCCUCCUCUCGCUCCCUCUUCUCACCUCCCCUCACUCCCCACUCACUCCCCUCACGGACACUCCAGCAGAGGACUGGCUAGUGCAGUCAGUGUGAGCAGCAACGAAUGCUCACAUAGUAACUGUGGUAACCCGAUUCAGUGCAGUAACCACACGCACUGUGGUAACCCGAUUCAGUGCGGUAACCACACGCACUGUGGUAACCACGGCAGUGGAGAAGGCAGCUUGGGCUGCUGCCGCACAAGUCUCGGGGAUUCGCUGCCGAAUCUCCUGGCUCCUGGCUCUUCCAAGCGUGCGACUGGUUCGGAGGCGUGUGCCGAAGCUGUGUUGGCAGGCUGGGCUGCAACCAGAGCAGAGGCUGCUGCGGUAAUGAGUAGCAGAGGAGGAGAGUGCGCAGCAGAAGCCGGUGUGGGUGGAAAGGUACAAACUCGAAUAGCGAAAGGACCAGCGGCAGCGGCAGCAGAAGGAGCAGGAGCAGCAGGAGCAGUGCCAAGUGUGGCAGUGGCAGGAGCAACAGAAAGAGCAACACCUGCUGCUCCAGAAGAGCCAUCCCCGGUCGCUGCAGUGCCAACAAGUGUAGCAUCAGCCGGAGGCGGGAUGGCAGAAACCACAGCAGCAGGCGGGACAGCAGGAGGGGCGGCAGGAGGGGCUGCAGGAGGGGCGGCAGGAUCAUUUUGUGGGGGGCGAAGAGCGCGGGGACGGGCGGCAGCAAGGGCAUGUGUGGAUGCAGCAGGGUUCCAGUCAGGGCUGGCGCAGCAGCACCCUCUCAAGAUUCUCCUUGCCGAGGACAAUCUGGUGAAUCAGAAGGUGGCAACCAAGAUGCUGGGGCGCAUGGGUUACACAUGCCACGUGGCAGUCAACGGGGCGGAGGUGCUGCAGGCGCUGCAGAAAGACUCCUUUGACCUCGUCUUCAUGGACGUUCAGAUGCCAGUGAUGGAUGGAAUCGAGGCAACACAGCGCAUAACGCACAUGUGGCCGCCAAGCCAGAGGCCCAAGAUAUUUGCAAUGACAGCCAAUGUGCUCGAAACCGACCGCGCCAUGUGCAUGCAGGCGGGCAUGGAUGGCUUCAUUUCCAAGCCUGUCAGCGUGCACGAGCUGGUGCGAGCCGUCGAGUUCUCCAGCCUUGCUAAGAGGUGA